UAUAAAAUAUAUUUUAGCAUGUAUGUCAAGAUUGGUUAAAACUUGUUAGUGAAUGUGGAGUGUGUAAUUACAUCAUUUAUUUUUAUUAUUGGGUUUUGCCAGUGCGAGAUAUAUUGAAUAGCUAUUAAGUAGUGGUUAAUUGAACACGUCAGUUGGGUUUUUAUUUUUAAUUGCUUCGUUUACGUCUAUACCCCAAAAGGGAACAACAGUUUUGGAUUUAAAAAAGGCUAUAAGAAGAACUUUCACAUUAAAACAACAACGUCAAAGAAUUAAAACUAAAAUUAGUUGGAGGUAUGUUUGGAGGACAUUCUACCUUCAAAACAUUCAAACCGGUCAGGUCAUGAAAGAUGAUAGGAAAGAAGUGUCUGCUUAUGGAAUUGUAAAUAAAUCCCAAAUCAGAUUCGUGAAAAGACUAAGAAAGGAAGCUUCAAAGAGUGAGUCAUGCUGACACGAAAUGCUAAAAAAAGUAAACUUAAAAUGGAGUCCAAUAAUAGCCUUGUUUAUUAUUCCACUAACAGCAUUGGAAAGUGAAAAAUAUCCUUGGCUAGACCAAAUUUCUAGACAGGAACAGGUAAUAGAAAGCUGUGAUAUAAUGGGUUUGAGAUAUAAAAAUAAAUUGAGUAUAAAUAAGCUGGAUCAUAUCUUAGUUGAUCAUAAUCAUAAGUUACUCUACUGUUAUGUUCCUAAAGUGGCCUGUACAAAUUGGAAACGGAUUCUAAUGGUUUUGACUGGAGAAUCGAACUUAACUAAUCCAAUUCAAAUAUCAGCGAGUGAUGCUCACCUGGAAAAUUCAACUGUAAAAUUAUCCCAGUUACAUUAUAAGGACAUAAAAAAAUGUUUACAAGAUUACACGUUGUUUUUGGUAGCAAGACAUCCUUUUGAAAGAUUACUAUCGGCUUAUAGGAAUAAAUUUAUGGACAAGUCACAGAAAAAUAAGUAUUUUAAGUUGCGCUAUGGAAAACGCAUAAUACAGAAAUAUCGCCAAAAUCCUACAAAGGAAGACCUUGAAACAGGUGCUAAUGUGACAUUUAGAGAAUUUAUUCAAUACCUCAUCAAUGAAGGAGUAUUUUCAAAUGAGCAUUGGACACCCAUCUACAACCUUUGUCUACCUUGUACUCUCAAUUACACAUUUAUUAGCCAUUAUGAGACAAUCACUGAAGAUUCUUCGACUAUUUUAAGAAUGGUAAAUGCGCCAAGGUUGACGUUUCCCGUAACCAAGUCUAAAAGAACCAAGGAUAGCUUGAAAUUUUAUUUCCAGCAGUUAUCUAUUUAUGAAAUUGAAAUAUUGUAUAAAUUGUACGAAGCGGAUUUUAAACUAUUUGGUUAUAGUCUUGAAGAAAUAUUAGGUUAUGAUUUAGCGUAAAAUUAAAAAACUAUUAAAUGUAGAGUUAAUGUUAAUUCAUGGUGUGUUGAAACAUCAAAUAUGUCAAACAUAACAAAUUAGAAGAGUUACAAAGGCUGUUAUAUUUUAAAGUCGAUAGAAUUUUAUAUAUAAAUUAUUUGUAUUGUAAAUUCAUAUGAAGAAACUUAAUUGAUUAUUAAACUCAGUGUUCGACUUUGUUUGACAGUAUUUCCCUCAUGUAUCAUAAUGUAAAAUUUUACUAAAAUCUUAUCGUGAAUAACUUACUAAAUUAAUAUCGCAGAUCCCAAAUAGUAUCAUAACUCAAAAACCUAGAAAAUCCCUUUUAUUGUAUUAUUGGUGCUACAAAUCUAUAACUAAAUUCCGUGUAGUUUGGUUGCUUUUUGCAAAACUAUGUCCUUACAUAUUUAAAAAGAUAUAGUUUAUUCCUGCUUUUCAGAUAUCCAAAAAAUUCUCAUUUCAUAUUUCUAAUGUAGAUCAUCGAUAGGCAUUUUUUCGCGGUAAAAAAUAGAACAAGUAAAAAAGUUGUCGCACUCUCAGCGCGAGAGACUAUAGAGCGUUUAUUACCGUUAGGCUUUUUAGAAGUUUUUAAAUAAACAAAUGUUGCAAUUGAAUAACCUUGCAGCGACUACAAACAGAAAAUGCGCCACCUUGCUUUAUAUGUGUAGAUGUAUAUUUCUCUAAUUUAUCCAGACACUUGAAAGACGUUUCGACCUGUUGCAGUCUUUAUCAAAAUAUUACUUGACAUUGCAAACUGCCGCUAACGUGUUAAAAACAUCCUCUAUCGUUUUAAACAUAUUAAUUUUUGAUCUUAACCUUAAAAAAUGUUCAUUUACUUGUACCUGUCAAUUUUCGUUAUAAUUGUUUUAUAUUAUGAAUGUAGGUGUAGGUUUCAACUGUAAUUACAUAUAGUUGCUCUCUACUCAAUAAGGUACUUGCAUAUUUUUAAAAGUAUUUAUUUUUUUGGAUAUUCUUAUAUAUAAGUUAUUGAUAUGUGAUAAUCUCAGAAAGUAAGAUAUUUAAUCAACAGUGAAAAAAUAUCUAAAUUCAUAUUCAAUUGAAAAUCGCAAAAAUAUCAAAUUUUUAACUACAUAAGAAAAGUAUUCUCAUUGGUUUUCAGUUGUAAAGUUAAAGGUUUAAUAAAAACAUAAAAAAAUACAUAAUAAAAGUUUUAGAUAAACUAUCCAAAACUAUUUUUUUCUUAAACCAUGCAAGUACCCUAUUGUGGCUCACUAGUCAAUGGUGCAAUGUACUACGUUAAUAGGUACCAUCUUUUGUACUAUUUUUUUAAAAUAAAGUUUCGAUCACUUUCAGCUCCAUUAUUAAAAA